AUGUGCAUAAAUAAACUUAAUGCAAUUUUAUUGUCAAUUCCAGAGAUACACACAUAUCAUAUUAAUGUAUUUUCGAAAGAAAUUUUAAUAAAUUACACUAAAAACUUGAAUAAAAUACUUAGGAAAAUUAAUGAAAAGGGGUUUGAUACACAAAGCAUUAAUUUUAAGCAUUAUUUUGUAACCAUGUUUCUUUUGGUUUUACUAAAUAUAAGUCAUGACUUUUUGUACCUUAAGCUUUUCAUAAUGUUGAUUCUGCAGUGGAACAGUCUAAAAAGAAAAAAUAUGGUUUUUUAUCGAAUUUUUUCUCUUCUGUUGUACAUUUUAUAUUUUUUAAAAUUUGACGAUCGUUUCAUUGGCAAUUCAUCAAGCAUUUUGAUAUACAUUAUUAUUAAUACAUUUAUUACAGAUAAAUUAAAUAUUCUGGCAAAAUUUAAUACAUUUAAAGUUUUAGAGAAAACAAAUUUUAAAAAGAUUGUCACAAAUUUUGAUCAACAAAUCAAGAGUUUCAAGUUUAUUGAUUUAGAUCAUAAUAAUAAGCAUAUCAACACUAAGGUAAGAUUUAAUGAUCUUAAAAGAGAUAGAAGUAUUGUUUAUUAUCAAAAUGUAGAAUCCAUAGCUCGCGAUAAUAUUUUGUAUUUAAAAAGAAAUGAUCAUAUCUACGUAACAGGAAUAAUAAUUUAUGGUGCUUGUUUAAUAGACAAUUCUUCCAAUACUGGAGAAGAUACGCUUUAUUCAUUCAAACUAAAAGACUUGGUAUAUGAAGGGAUGAUUGUUAAAAAAGGAGAGAUAGUUGUGAAAGUUACAAAUAUUACAAAAUUUGAUUGUUUGCCUAAAAAAUUAAGAAAAUCCCUUUACAAUACUAUUAUUAUUUUUACAAAUAUAAUAUUUGUACUAAAUGCAUUUUUUACAUUCGAUAAUUUACCAGAUAUAUUAGAAUAUAUAGUUAAAUUAAAUAUGAAGAUCUGCCCGUGCGUUUUAUUGAUAUCCGAUGUAAUUUUAAAAUUAAGGAUGUAUAAAGAGUUAAAAGAAAAACAAGUACGUAUUAAUAAUUAUGACAUAGUAAAAAAUGUUAAAUGUAUAUUUUUAGACAAAACAGGGACACUUUCAAAGGUUAGCAAAAUAAUUAAUUACAAAAUUUGUCCAGAACUAGAAGGUGUUAUUUAUAUUUUAGAAAAGGAAUUUACCAAUUCAUAUUCAAGAAGCAUAUUAAAUGUUGUAAGAAAAUUAGAAUGUGUUGGGCAUAUUACCGAUAAAGAAUACGUAAGUUCAUGUGGUAUAAGGUGUAAAUUAGAUGAUGAAGAAAUAAGAAUUGGUAAAUUUGAUUUUUGUAACUAUUUAAAUUUAAAGUAUAAAAUGUGCUUAAAAAAUACUAUUUAUGUAAGCAGAAACAGUAUAAUUUGUGGAUGGUUUUUUGUGGAAGAUUUGAUGAUAAAAAAUGCUAAAAAUGUUGUACGUAUUUUGCAAAAUAAUUAUCGUGUUAUCAUAGUGUCGGGAGAUGAAAAAAGAAAUGUAGAAGAAUUUUGUCAAAAAGUAGGUAUUUCAGAGUAUUUUUAUAAUCUUAAAGCAGAAGAUAAAAUGAAUAUUUUAAAUGCUUAUAAAAAUAAUUGUUGUAUGGUAGGAGAUGGAAUAAAUGAUAUUCCUGCUUUUAAUGCUUCUACCGUUAGUAUAAGCCUUAAUAAUAAUUUGAAUGCCGAUGUGAACAUUUAUAACAUUAAAGAUUUAAUUUUUGUGUUAAACUUAAUUAGAAAAUCCAAUAGAAAAAAGGUUACAAAUUAUAUUAUUGCAGUCUUAUAUAAUUUAGUAAUAAUAUUUUUAAAUAUUGGAUUUAUUGAAUGCUCCUUAGCAAUGUACUUGCCAAAUUUUUUAAUUAUUGUAAAUUCAAUUUAUCUUUAA